CAGCACCAGCAUGUCCGGACGCGGCAAAGGCGGCAAGGGGAAGGGCAAGAGCAAGACGCGUUCCAGCCGCGCGGGUCUCCAGUUCCCCGUGGGCCGUAUCCACCGUCUCCUGCGCAAGGGAAACUACGCCGAGCGCGUCGGAGCGGGCGCUCCCGUCUACCUCGCGGCCGUCCUCGAGUACCUGGCUGCCGAAGUGCUCGAGCUCGCUGGCAACGCGGCUCGUGACAACAAGAAGACCAGGAUCAUCCCCCGCCACCUGCAGCUCGCCAUCCGCAACGACGAGGAGCUGAACAAGCUGCUCUCCGGCGUGACGAUCGCGCAGGGCGGCGUCUUGCCCAACAUCCAAGCUGUGCUUCUCCCAAAGAAGACCGAGAAGAAGGCGUAAGCGAGCUCCCAGCUGCCGGACUACAGUCGC